GUCCGGCGGCGGGCGGGCGCUGGCGGGGCCGCUGCGGGGAGGGCCGCUGGGUGCCGCGGGCGGCGGCGGGGCCCUCCGCUCCCCGGCCGGGGCUUCGCAGCGGGCGGAGGCGCCCGGCGAGGGGUGACCGCCGCCGCGUAACUUCGGCUGCCGGUUAAGGCUCCGGGAGUGAAGCGAAGUAGAUCAGCUCUACAAAACAAGAUGUAUUGGCGAAUCUUUCUGACCAUUUUUAUGCUAUUGGACCUUCUUCAAAUAACAGUUGCCCACUGUUUGGUCCAUCAGAUUCCUCCCAGGAAUUUUACAUUACCCUGUAUGCUGCAGAACGAGACAUUUUUGAGUCCUUUCUCUGCUGGAGUUGUAGACAGCUGGUCUGGUUUGAGGAGAGCAUCGAAAGCCAAGCCUUCCUUGCUAAUGAAUGAAGAAAGUUUUCUGUGUUGCCUUUGGAGUGGUAACAACAUUGAUUGUUCUUUGUACAGAGCAAGCAUGCAAGCACGGAAUCUUAUUCCUUCAGAAAUAAUUAUCUCUGCUUCUCAGGAAAUAGAUUCAAACUGGAACAUUGAAUGUUGGAUUAAAGACCAGCUGGACCUGCUAGUUUGUAGCCUGCGGUUUUUGAAGUUGUACUUGAAAGCUGACUUGAAGGUUAAUCUUUUAUAUGCUGUAUCAGAGCUUUCACUGGGAGAUAUAUCUACAAGCUCUCUAAAGGGGACUGUCAUGGUUUCUCAGUGUGACUGUAGUGAGUAUGACAAAUGUGAGUGCUGCGUGUCUUCUCUGAGACUCAACUACACUUAUGUCAUGUGGCUGAAGAUUACGAUUGGUGUAACGCUUCUGUGGUCACCUUUGAUGUCAGUCAAGCCCGUAGACAUAGUAAAGCCUGAACCUCCUUUGAACCUGCAUCUGGAAAUGACAGACAGAGGUCAAGUGAGAAUCUGCUGGUCUGACCCUGUGCUGCUGCCAUACCCGCUUCAGUAUGAGGUGAAGAUCUCUGCAAAUUCAGGUCAAGAUGGCUGGCAGAUGGUUCAAGUUGCUCUGGAAACCUCACUGGCCAUAGACAAUACACUACUUGAUUCUUCCUACUUAGUUCAAGUGCGGUGCAGGAAUCGUCAUGGCCCAGGGUUCUGGAGUGACUGGAGCACACCCCAUAAUCUCAAUUUAGGAGCUGACGUCCUGUACUUCCCUCCUAAGAUACUGACCAGUGUUGGUUCUAAUGUUUCCUUUCAUUGCAUCUAUAAAAACAAAACCAAGAUUGUAGUGUCCAGGAAGAUUGUUUGGUGGCUGAAUUUAGCAGAAGAAAUCCCAGAAAGUCAGUAUACACUUGUGAAUGAUCGCGUAAGCAAAGUUACUCUUUUCAACUUGAAAGCAACAAAACCUAGAGGAAAUUUCUUCUAUAACGCAUUGUACUGUUGUCAUCAAAAUAGGGAAUGUCAUCAUAGAUACGCUGAAUUAUAUGUAGUAGAUGUGAAUGUCAAUAUCACAUGUGAAACGGAUGGGUACUUAACUAAAAUGACUUGCAGAUGGUCUGCAAACCCAAACACAUUGCUCCUGGGGAGUUCCUUGCAGUUAAGAUACUACAGGAGCAGAAUUUAUUGUUCUGACUUUCCAAGUACUUCUCCAAAAUCAGAGGUGAAAGAAUGCCAUUUACAGAAGAAUCAUUCUUAUGAGUGCACAUUUCAGCCUAUUUUUCUUUUAUCUGGAUAUACCAUGUGGAUAGAAUUUAAGCACUUACUAGGAACACUUGAAUCCUCACCAACUUGUGUCAUUCCAGCAGAUGUGGUGAAGCCACUUCCUCCCUCCAACGUUAAAGCAGAAAUCACCAGGAAUGUUGGGCUGCUGAAUGUGAGCUGGACAAACCCAGUAUUUACAAACGAUGAUCUUAAAUUUCAGAUUCGGUAUGCUGUGAACAGGGAAGAAAUUGCAUGGGAGCUUUAUGAAGUUUCAAAUGCACCAAGAUCGGCUGUGAUAAAAGUUCAGAAACUUUGUGUUGAGUAUGUUGUUCAGGUCCGGUGCAGAGAACUGGAUGGAUCCGGUUACUGGAGCAACUGGAGCAGAUCAGCCUAUACAGUUGUAAAAGAUAUCAAAGCUCCCUUACAAGGCCCUGAAUUUUGGAGAAUUAUUACUGAAGAUCCAGCAAAGAGGCAGAAGAAUGUUACGCUCCUGUGGAAGCCACUGAUGAAGAAUCAGUCAUUGUGCAGUGUGAGCCGAUACGUUAUAAAGCAUCAGACAUCAGGAAACACCACGUGGUCAGAAUAUGUUGAUAAUGGCACUACGUGUUCAUUUCCAUGGACUGAACACACACACACCAUUACAGUUUUAGCCAUGAAUUCAGUUGGAGUUUCUUCAACUAAUUUUAAUUUAACUCUAUCACAGCAAACGAGCACAGUGAAUGCUGUGCAGUCGCUUAGCGCUUACCCAGUGAACAGCACUUGUGUGAUUUUGAUAUGGACGCUGUCACCUCAAAUCUAUGUGAUAACAUCUUUUAUUAUUGAAUGGAAGAACCUUAACAAAGAAGAGGAGAUGAAAUGGGUGCGAGUUCCUCCAAAUAUUAGUAAAUAUUAUAUUUAUGAUCACUUUAUUCUGAUUGAGAAAUACCAGUUCAGCCUGUAUCCUGUAUUCGCUGGAGGAGUUGGCAAGUCCAGAGUAACGGAUCAGUUUACCAAAGCUGGAUAUGAGAAUGAGACUAAUGCCAGCCUCUAUGUGAUUCUGCCAAUAGUUAUUUCAACCUCAGUUCUGUUGCUUGGAGCAUUGCUGGUUUCGCACCAAAGAAUGAAGAAGCUGUUCUGGGCAGAUGUUCCAAACCCCAAGAAUUGCUCCUGGGCACAAGGAGUUAAUUUUCAGAAGCCUGAAACUUUUGAGCAUCUUUUUAUCAAGCACCCCGAAGCAAUGUCAUUUGAGCCUCUUCUUCUGGAACCAGAAAUAGUGCUGGAAGACAUCAGUGUUACUAAAGCGUUGAAAAAAGAAGACACACAAGAAUUUUUUGUCAUUGAUUCAGUGUUUACAAAAAUUCAAGACUCUGAACAUGACUCUGCUUGCUCUAGCAGCCGUUUCAAUAGUAGCAGCUUCUCUGAGAGUUCCCAUGAUGACCAAAUCAGUGGAGAAAUUACAAGGCAGUCUGAUAUUAAAUACGCUACUAUUCUCAGUAACUCCAGAUCAAGUGGGCUUUACGAACAGCAAGUGCAUCUAAGAAGUUGUUUUGAUAGAUGCUUCUUAGCUGAAGAUUCCUUAGUUCCAGGAGCCUUCUCAAGUAGCUCUUGGGAGGUGGGAAAUGGGGCGUUCCUCAUAUCACCUGAUUUGCCUGGCAGGCAGCCCAGCAAGACUCUUUCCCUUUCUCUUAUUUCUUCAGAGGGAUUUUCAGAGCCUUCAGAUCAGGAUGACACUUUCACAGAUGGAGAUAGUCCUGAGCGGAGCCUGUAUUACUUAGGGAUAACAUCAUUAGAAAAAAGAGAAAAGGACAUUUUUUUAACAGAAAGUUCGGGGGUGAUGUGUCAGUUCCAUACAACCGAUCUACUCAAAGAUGUGGGGUUUCUUCAGCAUACACCUCCAAAUUUAAAUGCAUUUAUCCAAAGUAGCCUUAAGUAUAAAGCCACCGUGCCAUACAUGCCACAGUUUCAGAUGACUGCUGCCAAGGUGCAAGAGACCCCAGAGAAAAACUCUUAAGUCAUCACACCAUAAUUUGAUACUCUUAACGGCUUUUUUUUUUUAAUAAGUUCCCCUGUUUUUCUCUCUCCUGACUUUUUUCAGGAGCUCUCCUGUUUUGCAGCUGGUAACUGGUUCUAUAUUUGAGUGCCGGAAUUUUAGUAGGAAGAGAUUCCACUUCUUGACCUAAUUUUCAAAUGCGGGGCCUUCCUUUAGAGAUUUGAUUGUGUUCAAGUUAGCCUCCGGUGCCAAAUUAUCUGUUGUUGAUGCCUGUUAGGUGUAUGUCUGAGCACCCCUGUGAAGAACUGUACUUGAAAUUGGACCCCGUGCUGUAGGUGUUCAGGUGAGAGGAUGGGAUAUGAUCCAGGCGCCGUCCAUGCUGACGCUCAGCCGUCAGGCUCUGUGCUAGGCUGUGGUCUGCCCCCAGGGCAGAGGCUUUGGCAGAUCUGUAGGCGCUCUGUAGCUGCAGCUGGCUGCUACGAGUGUGCACGGCCAUCACGUUGCUCAUCUGCAGGCAGAGCACAGCAGCACCUUCCAGGUGGCGUCAGUGAUGACAAGAGACUCUUCCUCCAGCUGGCAGACAAAGAGUUGGGGCUUUUGCAGACCUCGGGGUGGAGAUUCCUAAACGCUCCUCAAGGGCUGGGAAGGAUUCAAGUAACACGUACCAAAUGAACACGGCUCCUUUUUCAUGCGUUUACUAAGUGGCCCUUUACAGUCCCGAUGUGGAUCGCAGCCUGUUCUGCAGCAGUGGGCUUCUUUCAAUCUGUUGUUGUCAGACGUGGCCAUGUUUUCCAGGGGGGUGAGCACAGCGUGGCUGUUGGCAGUACAGACCCAUACGCACAUUUCUUCUCGCUGUUCAGGAGUAAAGCAUCUCUUCAAACAUGUCAGCAAACUGUUGAAAGAGCUUGUUCUUGUUCUAGGGUUUGUUUGGGGUCCAGACCCCAAGGGUAAGAUAGAAAGCAGUGACCUGAUAUGUAGACUGAAGUAUGUACAUGAAUGGGGUUUUGGGGGGGGAAAAGCUCGAAUGUGUCGUUUCACUGGGAAUGAGCUGGGGCACUGAGUGCUACAGACCGAGUUGACCUGGAUGCGGUGCAGCCACUGGACACUCAGGAAGACUGCCAGGUUAUGAUGCAUUGGUAUCCACUUGGACUGGUUGUAAACAGAUGCACUGUACAAAUACCAAAUAUAUUUUUUAGGCUUUUCUUCUCCAAAAUCCUGAUGUAUUUAUUGCUUGGCUGACAUCUGUGUUAAACUGAGCCUGUGAAUACACAGAUGGUCCACAUGAAAAAGUAGUCAGAACGCUCUGUUUCAGUUGUUGAAAGGGAGGCCCUGACCAAUGAUGGCAAACUUGCGGCUGCUGUUGUGGGGCCUCUUUUAAAGUAAGUUGAAAAUAUUCAUCAGUAGCAUCAAAGAGCUGUAAAAGAAACUGUGAGGUCAGAGAUGUGCUGAAGCGUGCACCAGUGUAUGAAAACUCCCUGAAGAACGAACAGUUCCAGCAGCUAAAGACUUAACGGUACUGCAAGGGGAGGAAGGGAAUCAAAAGUCUUGUGGCUACAUUUAAUUGUGGGGUGUUAUCUGGGGAAGUAAAAUGUCCACAUUUUUGUUGUUGAACAUGAGGUGCUAGUACAAAUGGUACUGCCGCAAAACUACCAUCUCUUCCAGACCCCUUUCCUAAGAGCCCACAGUAGAAAAAGCAGUAAUUUGAUCCAAGGAUCCUGUAUUUUCGAUCUUCGGUGAGCUAGCCUGUCUGUAUGGACGUGGAGAAGUCGGUUUGCCUUCAUGAGCCCUGCUCCGCUCAGCUGAAAAGCUUCAGAUGGGAAGAAAAUUAGGUCUUGCACCUCAGCUGUAUUUUCUGGGGUAAGCAGGUAAAGAAAACCACACUUAUCUGCAAGCCAAAUAUAUUUUUUCUACUUUGUAGUUAGUAAAUAUUUUUGUAUACAUGCCUUUUCAGAGAACUAUUUUGAGGAGCUAAGAAAGAUGAAUAUAUUGUGUGUUCCAAAGCUAAAUUUAUGUAUAACUUAUAUAGGCAAUUAAAAACAAAAGGGCAAAACCCAGCAACAACAGUAAAAGGUAGGAGAGGUGUGGAAACACUUUAAUAUAUUAGUGAUAAAAAAUCCUAUGGAGCAAAAGGGACCAAAGCAAGUAUUUAUCUGCACUUUGAAUUUAAGACAAGCUUUACAAAAACUCCACCACUUUUUCUCAAACAAGCUGCUAGCCUGGCUCUUGCUGGGUGUCUCUGUUUCUGGAUGUUGCCUAUGACACCAAUCUAAUGUACUUCUUUCAAAAAUAUUAUGUAUGGCAGGAGGAAUUAAAAUGUGGCUUGUGUUAGUAACCAAAUCUCCUUGUCACUUGAAAAUGUGAUUGAAGGGAGAAACCUGAAGUCUUGAAAAUGUUCCUGUAGAGUUCCAUGAGUAAAACUGUGAUUAUCACCCAGGUGAAUGCUAAACUUAGAAUUAAUCUGAAAAAAGAAAUUAACUCCUGCAGCACGUGACCUUGAUGUGGCACAACCUCGAGAAUCCUAAGAAUGCCAUGGGAACAGACUCGGGUGUGGGUUCUGCCUCUCCUGAUGGUUUGUCCACCAGAUCCAACACCCCCCCCCCCCUCCGAAGUUUGAAUAUGCAGGGAGGCUAGCAUAGGUCUGCUGCCCCACCACACCCACCCCAGCCCAUGCCCCAGGGAUCACUCCUGUUGUGCAGCUGAAUUUGGGGUGGGAGACCUAGAUUCCUGCACAUCAACCCUCUCCUCUUGCUAACCUGGGAUGCAGAGGUAACGUGAACUACUGAAAUGUGGUUUUGUGACAGCUGCCAUAGUUUAACUGUACGACCUUCUGCUCGGGGGAGAGACUCCCCUCCCAGUGCCCCGGCAGCACACCCCUCUGCUGAAACUUCUUGCUGUUGGGAAGUGAAAAGGGUAGUGCAGUUCUCUGUAGACUGGAAUAAUAAAUGCAUGGUUCAUCAUGAAGUUUGGAUUUCUUUAAUUACAGUGUUCAGAAAAAUUAUUUAGUUGCAUUUGAAGGUUGUCCUUCUCAGGAAAUGAAAAGCUCACAUGGAUUUUACCAUACAAAGUCCUUACCCAGUAACUGUGUAAAUCCAGGAGUACCACUAACCAUGGGAAGACUCAGCUGAGUGACCUGGUGAAGGCUUUCCUGGGAACACGGGAAAAUGUGGGAGUUAAUCUUCUGUCCCCCAUCACACAGGACUCUGACAUGCCUCAGAGCUGAUGGCAGGAGAGCCUUUGCAGCCUGGACUUGCUGUGGCGCCUGCAGCUGUGCCUAAGGGUAGCUAUGUUAAAAAAGAAGUGUAGAACGUCUUCCCUUGAUGGAAGUUGGUAGAUAUCCAAAUAUCGCCACCUUUGGAAGUCCAGCCUGUCCUCCUGGGUGCCUCUCUGCCAUCCCAAUUGUGUUUUUUUGCUAAUGGCCAGAGCAAGUGGUGCUCCUUAGAUGAACAAAUUGAUGUGGCAUUUACAAAAAUCCCUGCAGCGAAUGUAAGAAAUACUGCAAAUAUUAGCUGAUCUCUUCUGCUUCAGCAAAAAUAAAAGAUUUUAAGUAUAGUUACUGUAGAACCAAGAAAUUUAAUCCCUUAAUGUAGGUAUGCCUUUUCUUAAGCAACCUCCACACCAUGUCUCCAAUCCCUAAGUUUCUGACAGUGCAGGGAAACCCAGGCCCUGACCCAUAGUGAAGGGCAGGAUGCAGCUGUAUGAGUUUAUUCAAUAAAUACUUCCUAAAACUGGCUCUCAGUCUGGCAUUUUCCUCCUUAUCAAGUGGACAUUCAAUCCCUCUCGUCACCUUUCUUCACUCUUGUAUAAAGCCAAAAUCUGCAUAUCCUGAAGCCACCAUCUGCUGCCAUCUGCCUCUACCUGGCCUCCGGUUGUGGUUUCAGCUCUGGCAGCUCCUGCUGGCAGCAUCUGCCUUUGGGAGAGGAAGUCAAGAGCUGGGGUCAGUUAACUGUAUUCUUUUCUCACCAUUAGUUUUCUCCCUGAAGUUCAGGUCAAAUUGUUUAACAAAGCUGAGUACCUCCCAUACCAUGUUAGGUAACAGUGUUUUAUUUUGUGUUUACAGUGCUCUCCUCCUUUCACAGGGCAGCCAAUACAUCUGCCUUAUGGAGGAGCAAAACCUCAUUUGUUUAUUCCUGGGUGAGAUAAAGAUGGGCAGGUAUGGUGCCUGGGCAAAGGCAUUUUGUAAGGUAAUUUUGGAGGGUGGUUUUCCCUGCAGAGCUGCAAGCAGACAGGCCUCCGUGCCUUAUCUCCGCGGCUUCAUGUCUGGCGCUUCGCGUCAUGAGAAAGGGCUGGACCAGCAGGCGCCUGCUCGGCUGCAUGUGCCGAGCAGCUGGUCUUCUGUCACUGUUGGAGACCUGAGACUCAGUUCCCCUUUGACGUACUGGAGACACGCUCCACCCACAGCAACGGAGUUUUGCUUGUGCCAGUACCGAGUUUGAGUGUUGAUUUUUAAGAGCAGAUCUAUCAUUAUGAAGUACCCAGGAACUGUAAAUGCUAUACAGCAGUUACACCUGCAAGCAUAACUCUUUUUCAGGCACACUCCUUAUGAAAGAGAGUGAAAUUUAAAUACACUGUUAUGCAUUUAGAAUUAAAGUUAUCAGAGGAGAAAAACUUCUGUAUUCAUCUCCCAAGAUUUUUCCUGACAGCUGGGCUGUUGUAGCCAGCAUAGGAGCUCCCACUCACUUCAUAAGGCCUGUCUGCUGAGGCAGCGGGUGCUAAGGGACACGGCUGUUUCACCCAGUGAAGGGCUGGAAGAAGAGGUUUAUACCAGGACUUGUGUACCUGAAGCUGCCUGAAACAGAACAGAGCCAGGAGUCCGUGCUUGGUGCCUCUGCUGGGCUCCGGCCCCAUCUUGGCAAGAGACCUGGAAAGUCCCUGCCAAGAAACAGGGAGAAAGUAGGGAACAGGGUCAGGCCGUGAUCUGCAUUGGAGGAAGAGGGCUGCUGGGGGCAAAGCAGGUUUCAGCUGAUGACCUUCAUCCCCAGUCUGACACAGUCCCCUCCAGCUAUGGCCACUCCUGGGCUCGGUGCCUGGGAGAGCCGUGGGGCCUCACUUGCCCCGGGGCACAGCGAGGGAAGAGAAAUGCUGCAGAAGUGCAUUUCAGAGCGUCCCGAGAGCAUGGUGCCACCACGAACCUGGGGCUUGGCUGCAGGAGUAACCCAGCGCAGUUUCUGUUUGCUUCUAAUAGUAAACCUGUUAAUGGGUCCCCAUAAAUGCACCUAUGCCUUUGCUACAAGUAAUUCAGUGUUAGUUAAUUCCCAGUAAAGUUCGUCGUUUUGCAGAGAGGUGAGUGUUUUGCCGUGGCUCCACACCCACCAGUAAAGGCAUUUUCAGUUUAAACUGGACAAGCAAUUAGGAGCAACCAUGUGCAGCUUCUGAAGUACAUAUUAAGCCCUAAUACUAAGCUCCUGCAAAAUAAUUUUGAAGAGCAUUCAGGAGUAUAGCUCAUUUAUCUAAAAAAAUUAAUCAAAUGUGUCAUUAUUCCUUUUACAUGUCACUUGCAGCUACAGUUAAAUGAUCUUUUCUUUUUUUAAACUGCAAUUGAUAUUUGAGACAGCAAGAAACUGGUUUUCAUAUUUUGUAAAUAUGUGAAUUGUUAGUCUGUUUUUGAGCCCCAAUCUGUGCGAUCAGCCUUGGGUUUGAAGCACGCACACAAAAAGUAUACAGUAAAACGGGGUUUGGUUUUUCUUCUUUUCCCCUUGCAUAAACUGUGAACUAAUUUCUUUUCUGUACGUGGCUUUCAUUUCUGGAGCAUUUACGGUAAUUAUUUCCCGCUGAUGAGAGUGUAACUUGAAACACCGCUUUCUAACAGUGUCAGAGUAAUUUUGUAAUUAUUUUUGUGAAUAAAAUGUUUAUUGUUGAUGUCA